AUGUCAAGAGAUAAAAUUGGACUUCAAGUUCGAACUGAAUUGUUUGACCAUGGGAUUUUCCCAUGCCCUCAGCGUCUAAACCAAAGCUCAAUCAUAAAUUUAGUAAAAACCCUUUAUCUCUCUGCGUCUCACGAUGGAAAAAUUACAAUCUCCCAAUGGGCUGAAGCAGCAAUUAAGCAGCUUUCUCUAUCUCUCCAAGAAGCAGAAGUGUAUUUUGAGCUGUUUCGAAGCUUAGCUUAUGAGCGGAAACCUCAGCAGCCAAUUAUAGACAUAAAACCUUUUGCGAUAUUUUUGAUCUUACAGCUAUAUAGUACCGCAACAACCCGAAUCAGCUUAGAAAAUGCGUCAAGUUUGACGUCAAAAUUCAACAGUGACGGUCUCGGCUUAUCAGGCUCUGGGACUUUUCCAAAUCCAGCAUCCCCACGAUCUAAAGCAGUCAGAGGUUUCUUAUUUAGCCAGCCAGCUUCAGAUUUUCAAAUGACCCAUCAAUUCGUAAAAAGCAACCUUAAAUUGCUUAUGAAAGCUAUAAGCUCAGAUUUACAAGCAAUAGAAGUCGCGUUGACUUCCUCUGAAUUUAACUCGUUAGGGUUUUUAUUUAUCCCUAUAGCUGGCACCCCUGAAGUCCCUAUAAGCAGAAUGGUCCCUUAUUAUCAAACCAAGCCACAAAUGACAAGAGUCCAUUCAGAUGACCUUUCUGAAUGAAUAAAUAGAAAACUAAUUUGUCCUACCAAUGAAAUGAUUUCAGAAAGACCUGGGGUGUUAUUAUUGUCUGCUUUAAACAGAAGUGUAGUAAUUAAAGGCCAAAAUGAAUGCCAAGGCAAAGAUAUAAGGCUUUUUAACUGUGAGGAAAGCUAUGUCUAUAUAAACACAGCGGUAAAACAAAUUUCGCUGAUAAAUUGUAGAGAGGUGACACUGUUUGUAACUGCGGUUUCUAAGGUAGCGACUAUGGAUAAAUGUGAGUUGUGUACAAUAGCACUGACUGCGAAUAUGCUGAGGGUGGGAAAUUCGGUGGAUUGUACGGUUUAUGUGUAUUCGCAGUUUCCGCCUGUUUUGUAUGGAGAUAAUAGAGGGAUUACGCUGGGGCCGUUUAAUGUGUAUUAUCCAGAGGUGAUGAGAAUGAUGGAAAAUGCAGAAAUUCCGAAUAGUAAUAUAAACCCUAAGUGUGUUCAUAACUGGUCUGCACCGAUUGAGAUGAAUUCAGAGCAGUCUGGGCAUUGUUUUACACUGCUUCAGCCUAAAGAUUUUUUUAAGCUGGUGCUGCCUGGGCAGUUUGGGGCUCAAAAUCCUGUGCCUCAGCUAACACCUGAAGAAUUUGUUAAUGCGAUUAGGAUAAGAGAAGAGUACUUCGCAAGUAUUCAGGGAGCAAUAGCCAAGGCUGGAUUAAAUGAAGAACAAGAAAGAAGGCUUCAUUUAGCAAUUCAAGGAUAUUUUAGAGAGUGGCUUGUAUCUUCAGGAAACGUUAAAGGCCCGUUAGAGUUAGUUAGAAUGAUUGAUCAAGAAUAA